ACCACCACAAUAUGCUGCCAGCUGUCAGAAAGAGCAUCUCCAAGGCUAAAUGACCGGGCCAACGGGAUACAAAUAUUGAUUUGCAAUAAUUGCAAUUUUUAGAAUAGACCAUUAGCAAAUAGCCUUAGUCAUGGAUUUCACCGACUUUGAGGUACGCAAGUGCCCAUCAACAGUCAUGUACAUUCCGAACUUCAUCACCUCAGAUCAAGAGCAAUCCAUAUUAAGUCACAUUGAACGCACACCAAAGCCACGCUGGACGCAGUUGCUCAAUCGCCGCCUGGUCAACUACGGCGGUGUGCCGCAUCCCAACGGCAUGAUAGCCGAAGAAAUACCCGAAUGGCUGCAGAGUUAUGUGGAUAAGGUCAACAAUCUGGGCAUCUUUGAGUCGCAAAAGGCCAAUCAUGUGCUGGUCAAUGAGUAUCUGCCGGGCCAGGGCAUUUUGCCGCACACGGACGGACCGCUCUUCUAUCCAAUUAUAUCGACCAUUUCGUGUGGUGCCCACACCGUGCUGGAAUUUACUAAGCGCGAAACCACCGGCGAGGCAACUGGCGAGGUGCUAUUCAAGCUUCUCUUGGAGCCACGCAGCUUGCUCAUAUUGAAGGACACACUAUAUAGCGACUAUAUGCAUGCCAUUAGCGAGAUCAACGAGGAUACGCUGUGCGAUCGCAUCUGUAAUUACAAUCUGUGCGAAAAUACAUACAAAAUUGGGGAUCAUCUGGUGCGACGCGCACCACGCAUUUCGCUAACCAUACGCAAUGUGCCCAAGACCAGCAAAAUGAAACUGAAGUUCUGUUAGACUCUUACAAUUGUUGCUAAAUUUGUUAACUAAAUGCACACGUUGCGAAUGUCACGUA